UUUUUUUUGUUGGUUGCGAAAGCUGGUGUGGAGCUGGCAACUCAUAUAUCGAUGCGACGCAACCCUAAAUCAAGCUUCUCACUUCAGCUGCAACUAUCUCUGUUUGAUCGCCUCAGCGCUCGCAUGUAGAGAUCCUCUUCUUCCUCCUCAGCUGUUUCCCAUCGCCAUUACUUCUUCUCUCGAUAUGACCAAUGCUUCGUCGUCGCUUCUUCCUUCCUUCGUCCUCUUCCUCGUCCUCCUCUUCGCUCGGUCUUCUCCCGCUCUCUCUGCGUCCGCCGUCGCCCGCCUCCCCGGCUACCCGGGGCCCCUCCCCUUCUAUAUGGAGACAGGGUAUGUGACGGUGGACGAGGUCAACGGCGCCGAGCUAUUCUACUACUUCACAGCGUCGGAGGGUGACCCCAGCCAGGAUCCUCUCCUGCUCUGGCUCACCGGCGGCGAUCGCUGCUCUGUCUUCAGCGGCUUGGCCUUCGAACUAGGUCCCGUGAAGUUUGUGAUUUCUGAGUACAAUGGAAGCAUACCAACUCUCACUUAUAACCCUUAUUCUUGGACUAAGGUCUCUAGCAUUAUCUUUGUAGAUUCUCCUGUUGGUGCUGGGUUCUCAUUUUCAAGGGAUGAUGAAGGUUAUGAUAUCGAUGACACAGCUGCUUCCAUGCAAGUACACAAGUUUCUCGUGAAGUGGUUUAUCGAUCACCCACAAUAUCUUCCAAAUCCACUGUACAUCGCUGGUGAUUCAUAUGCUGGCAUAUAUGUGCCCUUGGUAGCUCAAGCCAUAUCACAAGAUAAUGAAGCUGGGCUACAGCCGCACCUUAAUCUCAAGGGUUACAUACUUGGCAACCCUGCAACAGGCGAAAAGAUCGACCGUAACUCUCGGAUCCCAUAUGCUCAUGGAAUGGGGAUCAUAUCAGAUGAAAUGUUUGAAUCGACGCAGAGAAAUUGUGAUGGACAAGAUUAUCGUUAUCCUACUACUACUCUAUGUUCUAAAUCUCUCGAUGCUGUUGAGAAGUUCUUCUCGGAGAUUAUGAAGCCUUACAUUCUGGACCCUAAGUGUGCCUUCGUAUCUCCGAAGCCAGAGGCCACGGUUGCAGAUAGAAGAACAAUGGAGGAGUCGGACAUAAAGCUCCUUAAGCCACCACCUCUGCCACCUCUCUAUUGCAGAACUUAUGCUUAUGUUCUAUCCUAUUACUGGGCAAAUAACCAAGUCACUAGGGAGGCUCUUCACAUAAAGAAGGGAACAAAGGAAGAGUGGAGGAGGUGCAACGAGGACUUACCCUUCAGAAAAGAGGUCAAAAGCACCAUAAAGUAUCAUGCAAACCUCACUAGAAGAGGUUACCGUGCUUUAGUAUACAGCGGAGACCAUGACCUGGUCGUACCAUUUCUUGGAACGAUGGCAUGGAUAAAAUCUCUGAACUACUCCAUUGUGGAUGACUGGAGAUCAUGGCAUGUCGACGGUCAAGUUGCUGGAUACACAAUGACAUACGUCAACAAUCUGACAUUUGCAACUGUUAAGAAUGGUGGCCACACAACUCCAGAGUACCGGCCGAAGGAAUGUCUUGCCAUGAUUCGGAGGUGGAUCUCUUACCAGCCUCUGUGAUAUGCUCGAAUUGGAUUCUGGCUCACAUUUGAGCUGCAAAGAAUGUUGUCUGGUUAUUUGUUCUACUAUCUAUCAUUUAUGGUGAAGUUGGAGCUUCAUGUUGUUGCUGGUUGACUCGUGAUGAACUUUCUGCUUUGUUUCUUGAACAGCUUUUGCAACUCAGCUCGAUCAUGCUGUGCCAAGUGAUGUUGUUGUUGCUGGUUGAUUUGUGAUGAACUUUGUGCUUUGUUUCUCGGACGACUUUUGCAUCGCAGCUCAAUCUUGAUGUGCCAA